ACCUUUGGAUUCCUGGGCCUUCUACUGGUACCCCACCAUUUCUUUUUGGUAAUCUUGAAGAGAAGGGGUUUCGACGGCUUUAUGCGGACAAUACAGGCUCUUGUAAUAAUCACGCUUCUCUCACUCUUACCCACGAGUCCUUCACUAUUAUUACCUUGA